UUAAAAAAAACUCGAUGCGACGUACAGCAAGUUGAUUUAUACACUUUUUGACGGCGACUUUUUUUUUUAACAAGACUUGUUUUUUUUCAGCGCUUUGGGUCGCUAUGAGGCAGGCCUAAGAUGGUAGCCACCUGGGUGGAGUUACAUAGACACUCUUGACAAGUGGGCAACGAACUAACAGGUGUCCUCUUCCUCCUCCUCCUCCUCCUCCUGUUGCUGCUGCUUUGCUAGCUCCACUGCGUUGCCGGGGGACUUGCUUGUCCUGUCCCACACACACUCUCACACACACUCACACACUCUCACACACACGCACACACUCCCUCAACGCAGACGUUUCUUCACCUCAUCUGAGCACUUUUUUUUUAAUCUUUUUUUUUUUUAAAGUAAUAAUAACUUCACAGAAAGAAGAUGCAUUCAGCCCAGAAAGACACCACCUUCACCAAGAUAUUUGUGGGAGGUCUCCCUUAUCACACCACCGAUUCCAGUCUCAGGAAGUACUUUGAGGUGUUUGGGGACAUCGAGGAGGCUGUGGUCAUCACAGACCGGCAGACUGGGAAGUCCAGGGGUUAUGGAUUUGUGACCAUGGCUGAUCGGUCCUCGGCUGACCGAGCCUGCAAGGACCCUAACCCCAUCAUCGAUGGCAGGAAAGCCAACGUGAACCUGGCCUAUCUGGGAGCCAAGCCCAGGGUGAUACAGCCGGGCUUUGCAUUCGGCAUGCCUCAGAUCCACCCGGCAUUCAUUCAAAGGCCAUACGGGAUCCCGGCUCACUACGUCUACCCUCAGGCGUUUGUCCAACCCAGUAUGAUGAUUCCUCACGUGCAGCCUUCCUCCGCCACGGCAACAGCUGCCGCCGCCGCCACCUCACCCUAUCUCGACUACACUGGAGCAGCGUACGCCCAGUACUCCGCAGCAGCCACUGCCGCAGCCGCAGCUGCCGCCGCCUAUGAACAGUAUCCCUACGCUGCCUCCCCGGCGCCGACGGGCUACAUGACAGCAGCCGGGUACGGCUAUGCUGUCCAGCAGCCACUGGCUACAGCUGCCACCCCCGGUGCUGCCGCAGCCGCCGCUGCCUUCAGUCAGUACCAGCCUCAGCAGCUCCAGACAGAUCGUAUGCAGUAAAAAAAGAACUCUGAAGAAAAGUUGACAGAAUGUUACUAUAGGAGGCGGAAGGAUCUAGAAUGAGGGUUGUCAGCACCAGCUUUUAACUUUAAAAGUGAAGAAAAUCAAGUGCAAACAAAUACUGUAUUUUAUUCAAAUUACAUCAGUAUUUUUUUUAACUGUCAAAUAUUUAAUUAUUUAUACAUACCAUAAAAAAAAAAGUUACAAACUGGACCUCAUAUUUUGUAUAUAUUAUGUGUUCCCAAUUGCAUUCAUGUCUUAUGAUCAGGUGUCUUCCCUACAAUAUACCAAAAGAAGCAUAAAGUGCAUUUUUUUUCAGUAUUUCUUAGUUUUGGACCAGUAUUUAUGUCCAGAGAAUCUAUGCAGACAACUUCUAAGUCCCUAUUCUAAUAAAAAUUCAAAAAUAAAGUCUUCAUAGCAUAUAAGACAUUGGGGGAAACAAAUCACCUUGUUUAAAUGCACCCCAAAAGCAAUCUAGCAACAAAAAAAAUGUUGAAUGUGAAAUAUUUUCAUUUUGUUUUCCAAAUGUGCCUUUUAAAUUAUAUACUGUAUGUAUUUAUUAUGGAAACUUAGAAUAAUAAACCCUCUAUUUUUUUG